AUGAAGAACUCAGAGAUGGAUGGAGAUGUGGCUCACUUCUGCACUGACAACCAAUGUGUCUCCCUGUACACUCAAGGGAUGGACUCUGCACCAGCAGCUCCUAUAGCCACCCGGAUGCCAAAGUACAUCCAGGCCACCCUGGCAUUCAUGGUUAUAACUGUGGCUUCCUCUCUCCUGGCUCUUUUUGUGGUAGAUCACUUAUACAGAUCAGAGAUACAAGACACUACUCAGAUGUUCAAGGACCACUUGGGGAAUUCUACAAGCUGGCACAUGGAGAUCCAGAUGUUGAAGUGCAAAGUGGACAACAUUAGCUCUGAGAUCCAAGCACUCGAGCAUCAUUUGGAAAAUGCCAGUGAUGACAUCCAUAUGGCAAACGGUGCCCUAAAGGAUGCUAGUGACUUGAGUUUGCAGACCCAGGCACUGAGGAACUCUCUGGAGGUGGCCAAUGCCCAGAUCCAGAGGCUGAGGGGAGACAUUGAUAAGGCAAAUGCUGUAACUUCCCAGACCCAGGGUCUCCUAAAGAGUAGUACAGAAAAUAUCAGUGCUGAGCUCCAUGCUCUGGGAAGAGGCUUGAAAGCCCAGGCUGAGAUCCAGAGGCUGAAGGGAAGUUUGCAAAGUACACGUGCUCUGAGCUUCCAAACCCAGAUACUUCUCCAGGGCAGUGUGGACAACACCAGUGCUGAGAUUCAGGCACUAAAAGGUCAUUUGGAAAGGGCUGGUAAUGAGAUGCACUCAUUAAAGAAAGAUCUGGAAGCUGCCACUGCUGAAACCCAAAGAGCAAGUGGCCACCUGAAGCAGACAGACACUCAGAUCCAAGCAUUAAAGUCUGAGCUAGAAAACGCUAAAUCUGUAAACUCUCAGAUUCAGGUGGUCAAUAGUCAGUUGGAGAACACCAACAGAGAGCUACAAACUCUCAAAGGAGGCAUGGAGGAUGUUGCAGGCCUGAAUGCCAUGACCCAAGCCCUGCAGACCAAUCUGCAGAGGACCAAAGCUGAGAUGCAGAAGUUAAAAGGUGAUUUGGAGGCCACCAAAGCCCUCAGUGCCAAGAUCCAGGAAGAGCAGAGUCACCUGAGGACAAUGCAUGAGACCGUGGCUUUACAGGAGCAGCUGCAAAGGACCCAAAGUCAACUUCUCCAGCUGAUCCUGCAAGGCUGGAAGGUCUUCAUGGGAAGCUUGUAUUACUUUUCUCAUGUCAAGAAGUCCUGGCAUGAGGCUGAGCAGUUCUGUGUAUCUCAGGGGGCUCAUCUGGCAUCUGUGACCUCUCAGGAGGAGCAGGCAUUCCUGGUACAGUCCACAAGUACCUCUUACCACUGGAUUGGCCUUACUGACAGUGGCACCGAGAAUGUCUGGCACUGGGUAGAUGGGACACCAUUCAAUCAUGCCCAGAGCAAACCGUUUUGGGACAAAAAUCAGCCAGACAACUGGCAACAUAGGAAUGGAGAGUUUGAAGACUGUGUCCAUAUGCAGCGGAUGUGGAAUGACAUGAACUGCAAGGACUCCUAUCACUGGGUGUGCAAGAAGCCCAUGGGCCAGGCAGUGGCCUGA